CAAUCGUGCACUUGACUGUAUUAUGGAUUGAUGAAAAGGGCGAAAGCAUGGCAGGUACAGAUUCAGAGCUCCCCGCUUCACCAAGCAAGCCUUCGGUUCUUGUUCUCGGGGGCUGCGGUUUUAUAGGAAGAAACUUCGUCCAUCAUUUAGUAACAAACAAUCUUGCAUCCAAGAUCCGAGUUGCAGAUAAGACCCCACCGCAAACAGCAUGGCUGAAUAGUUCCCACAAGGAAUCCUUUGCAAAAGUUGACUUUGUCUCGGCUAACCUCAUCAACUCAGUGUCGGUGUCCAAGAUUUUUGAUGAUGGCGAAGAGUCAUUUGACAUCGUGGUGAACCUGGCCGCACAGACCAAGUACGGUUGCACAGAUGAGGUUUACAAUGAAGGUGUGCUCUCGUUGAGUCUCAACUGUGCUAAGGAGGCUGCUAAAAGACAAGCCAAGAAGUUUAUUGAGCUGUCUACUGGCCAGGUCUAUGCAGGAGAUAAGAAAGCAAGUUCAGAAGAUGCCAAGGUAUCUCCGUGGACGGGCAUAGCUAAAUACAAGUUUCUGGUUGAGGAAGAGUUGCCUCGUAUCGAAGGACUUAAGUACGUCGUGCUCAGACCAGCCACUGUUUAUGGAAUCGGCGAUCGCUCUGGACUCAUGCCCAGGUUGAUUGUUGCAGCUGUCUACCGACACCUUCAAGAGAAAAUGAAGUUGCUGUGGACACCAGAACUGAAGAUGAACACGGUUCACGUGAACGACGUGUGUUCAGCGAUUUGGCAUCUCGUACAGCACGGGGAGCAAGGCCACGUCUACAACAUUGUUGACAAAUCGGACACGACGCAAGGGUCUAUCACCGAGCUGGUGUGCAGAAUAUUUGACAUCAAGCACGACUACUUUGGCACUGUCAUCUCCAAUUUUGCACGGCUGAACAUGGCUGAGAUUGUGGACGAUUCCAACGACAAGCAUUUCACGCCGUGGACCGAGGCCUGUAAUCAAGAUGGCCUGCAGUACACACCGCUAAGUCCGUAUCUUCACCAGGAACUGUUGUACAACAAGCAUUUACACAUGGACGGGCAGAAGCUGGAGUCGACUGGCUUCCAGCUGACCAAGCCGACACUGACCGAGGAUUCUCUGAGGGAGAUGUUAACUGACUACGUCAGCACAGGCUUGUUUCCGAAAUCUCUCACUCCGUCUCCAAGGUAAUAUCCACAGUGACAAAUAUGUAGCAGCAGAAAAGUGAAAAUCAACAGUAAUUCCAAUGUGCUAUGGCCUCUCCACGUAAUCCAAGUAAAUGUAUUUUAAAAACUUGCAAUGUUGGCGGAUGCAUUUUUGUGUACAUAAUAAAUGUUCUUGCAAGAACAGUCUUCUUGUGGUGGAAAUUUUAGUCAGUUGACUUUGUAAAAGACAUUAUUUGUUAGUAUGCAGAUAUUCAAAGCUGCCAUUUUAGCUGUUCAUGAGAGUGAGACAGUAGCUUUUUUACUACACCUCAUAAAUAUUCACGACUAAUUGGAGUGUGUCAUUCGCCAAUUUAUCCGCUUGUCUGGGAAGUAGAAAGGAUAUUCUCCCAGGUGACAUAACCCUGGUGAGCAUCCCACUCGCUGCCGUGCGGUAGUGUUUUCUGGUAGCACCAAGAAGUCCCUCUGGCACCCGCCUUGUAGCCAUCUAAUCUUUGGCAUGUAAUCUUAACGGAACCAGUCUGUCGUAGUUCUUGCCAGACACGUGGGACUUGGCUGCUCAGAAACAAAUUGUAUGUUGACCUUGAAUUUUUUAUUGAGUCAAUUUGCUCAUGAAUGAAUUUUAUGUGGUGUAGUAAAACAGAAGGCAUGAUUUAUUUCUGGGAAGUCAUGAGAAUUACUGGUCCUUUGGUGUAGGUCAGCUAAACUACCUCCUUUCGCUUCACGUUGAGAGGUAGUCAAAGCUGACCUACACCUCAGGACCAGUAAUUCCCACUUGUCCCCCUGAAACCAUGCUAUAUUUGUAUAAUACUUGUUUGCGUGUAAGUGAAUUAACAUGCCAGCACUGCAUGAUAUCUGUAUUCUGACUGGAUAGUGCAUUGACAGAUCGAGGGCUUGUUGUCAUUGAGGUGCCAUCUUUCAAGGCCCCAAAGUUGACGAGGACUGACCGAGAGACUCGAGAACUUGAUACUCAGGCCAGCUUUGUACUUAUGCCAUGUGUAUAAAAGUAAGCAUGUCUUAUAUCUUUAACCCACGAAUACAUUAACACUUAAGGCCACUCACAAAAUUUGAAACUUAUAAUUAUGCUUGGCAUUCUGUGCUUCACCGGAUUGUACUGGUGCUAGCUAGCAGCCAUUUGUGGAGGCUAAAAGAUAGAGUCACGGGGCCCUCAUUUACUUGUGCACAGCAGCAGGGCAUGUACUAUCCAGCCAGUGUAUAGAGAUCGGUGAAUAUAACAAAACAUUAAGAAAAACUGUUUUAGUAAGUCGUUUAAGCUUACAGAACGAGAGUGAUUUGAGCCAAGGCCCAUCAGCAGGUAGUGGUAAGUUCUUGAUUUGCACCUUGCGUCUGUGGGCCCCGCUGAUGUACACUUGACACACGUGGCUGGUGAUGGCCAAUGAUGCAACCAAGCUUUGCAUGUUGGUUCCAAAUUUGGUCAAGAGCCAGAAUAUAAAAUUUUUAAGUGGACUAGUCCAACGACGAACAAAAGCCAGUGUCCGGUCAUAAUUAAUUGAAUGUUUUAUGUCAGCAUAGGGCAUCCUUGCUUUUUAAAGUGCCCAGCACCUAAUAUCGGUCAGUAAUUACGCAAGUUAUUAAAAAUCCUUUAAUGUUUUAUUCCUUGCUCUUGCCAAUAUGUGGACCUUUGUGUGCAAGAAAGACGCAGGUAAAUAUAUGCUGAUGUUGAUAUAUUGAAAGUAAAUUUGCGAGUGCUUACGUUAUCUUGUCAAUAACAUGAAUAUUGCCUGGGUAUCUUCUUGUUCAAGCUGAAGGCAAAAAUGUUUGAAUUCACUGAUGACUUCUUUCCUCAAAGGAUUGUGAAUCUUAAGUCAAUUGAAGUGUUGGAUAUUGCGUCAACAUUCCAAGAGUGGCCUCUAGAUUUCUUGAGAUUUAAUGUUGCUGGGAGAAACAGGGUAGAAUAAUAUCAAUUUUUUUGUUGUUGGUGGUUAGGAAAAAGUUUUUGCAGGCAUAGUAUUUGGGGUAUUUUCUAUAAGUGCACAGGAUCAAAGUUUUAUACUUCCAGUUCAAAACUGUUUGGGAAAAAAGUUGAAGAAUGAAUUCAUCUGACCUUCUGAAGUUUCCAUUCUUCCACUGGGUCAAAUUCACUAGAAAUGUGCAAGGGUUUUGUAUAUGUUGUUAUGUUUCAUGGAAACAUUACAUGUAGUGUGUGCUUCACUUAUAGUUGUGUAAGAAAGAAAUUCUGAUCAUAUGGGGCAAAAAGUAAAAGAAGCAU